AGGCAGGACUGGUAUGUGUGUUACAGAUAUGUUCACAUCGUGGCCCUGCUUUCUCCUAUUACAGCUAGUUAUAUGAGAAACCAAAUCUCCUAAUAUGCACUGCAACCAGCAUAGAAGGGAAGCUGAAUGAUGGGAGAAGAUUGCAGGAGAUGGGACCUAACUCUGCUUUUUUGCCUGGUUAAAUCUGAGGAACUUGCCACGUUUGGUGAAAUUGCUCUGAACCCCCUUAUCAUGGCCCCUGCAGCAGCUUGCAUGAGCUUGCCCUAUUCACUCUCCUGGGCCCCAGUGCUACCCUGUGCUAUAUGGGUCUAUGCAAUACCUUGAUUCCACGGUACACUGUUAAUGACAUACAGAAAAGUCAUUUGAGUACAAAACUUCUGUAAGUGACAUGGAUAAGAAAAGACACAUGUCUGCCCUCGAGAAGACCUCAAAGAAAAAAAUGAAAAGAAAUAAAUUGGAUGAAUAUAAAUCCAAGUCUGAUCCUCGCAGUGAAUUACUUCCUUGUGAAGAACCAGAUGUUUCAAGGAUAUUGAAGAUAACAGAGUCUGGGCAAAUUGAGGAGACGGAUGAAUCAUUUGAUCACCCUUUACACAGCACUGCCAUAGAUGCUGGUGGCAAUGUAGAAUUGCUGAAUGAGGAACACCUGUCAGCUGGUCAUUCAUCUGCUUCAGUUGCACAAGGGAAAAAUGCAGAAAGAAGAAAAAAAAGGUGCAGUUUGAAAAUGCCUGAAGAUAACAAAUCAGAGAUGGAGAAUUCUGAAGAUGAAUCUCCAAAGGACAAUGAGAUACAGAAAAAAAUAUCAGAAAACGUCAAGACCAAAGUGCGGGACUCAAAGUUAUCAUCUGUAUUAGCACUGAGGAGCAGCUCUUCAGAAAGCAGCAUAUCAAAUAAGGUUACAAAUUUAGUGAAGAAAUUGAAUGCACCAAAGAGGCCCCAAAACCGUGCUAAAUCCCAUGUGAAACCAAAGAAGUCUCCUCAAAAGAGAGCAUUAGAUCCUUCUGCUGAUGAUAGCCCAUGUUCUUUAAAGAUUUGGUGCCCAAAAGGGCUGAAAAGAUUUUCCCAAGAUAUUACAGAAUUCGAUGUGGUUCUGGCUGAGUUUGAGAAGAUAACUGCAGACUACAAAGAAAGGGUGGAGUCUAGGAUUUGCAGGUUGGCAAUUGAUAACUUCUAUUCUGGCUUCAAGGAACAACUCACUAAUAUUAUAACAGAAGUCCAGGAACUGAAGGAUUUGAAAAGAAAAAAUGCUAAGGUGAUCACACAUAUCAACAAGAAAAGAUGGCGUUUAUUGGAAGUUAGAGAAGAACUAAUUCGGACUGGACCACAACUGAAGCAACUACAAAGGGAAUAUGCUGAGCUACAAGAGAGAGAAUCUUCUCUGAGGAAUACAACCCAGUUCCUAACUGAUUUAAAGGAGGUGCAGCAACAUUAUUUAAAUUACAGAAAAGACAACCCAAAAGAAAAAGUAGUAUUAAUAAGAACAAUAAUGGCGAAUAUGAAAGAUGGACUGCAGUUGGGUCAAGAUGAGGCAGACACAAAAUCUCUCUUUGGUUCCCAAGGAAAGAGCCUACCAGUUAGCAAAUCCAUGGACUCUGGAAUACAGUCAGAUGAGAGUUACAAAAUGGAUUAUCCAGAAAUUGGAAUAUGUAUAAUAAUAAAUAAUAAGAACUUCCAUCCAGCCACUGGAAUGGCAUUCCGGUCAGGUACUGAUGCAGAUGCUGCACAUAUCAGAGAUACUUUUAUGACUUUGGGAUAUAAAGUCAACCUUAACAAUGAUCGUACAUGUAAGCAAAUGGUGGACAUCUUGCAAAAUGUUGCUAAAGAUGAUCACAGCAAUCAAAGCAGUUUUGUGUGUGUGUUGUUAAGCCAUGGUGAAGAUGGAUUAAUCUAUGGUACAGAUGGUCCUCUUGAAUUGAAAAUAUUAACAGGCUUGUUCAGAGGAGACAGGUGCAAGAGUCUGGCAGGAAAACCAAAACUCUUCUUCUUUCAGGCUUGUAGAGGGACAGAAUUAGAUUCUGGCAUUGAGACAGACAGUAGAUCAGAGGAAAGCACAUGUCAGAAAAUACCUGUAGAAGCCGACUUCCUAUAUGCAUAUUCUACUGCCCCAGGUUAUUACUCUUGGCGAAACUCAUCAGAAGGCUCCUGGUUUAUUCAGUCACUAUGUUUAAUGCUGAAACAGCAUGCAAAGAAACUUGAGCUUAUGCAGAUAUUAACACGUGUAAAUCGCAAGGUUGCAGAGUAUAGUUCGUAUUCAAACCAUCCAGAUUUUCAUGCAAAGAAGCAGAUUCCAUGUAUUGUGUCCAUGCUCACCAAAGAACUGUACUUCCCUCACUAAAGCAUUUCACCUUGUAACUUAUAUUUCUCCCACUAAAUAAUUUCACAUAUUUGUAUUUGUAAUGUAUGCACAAACUGAGAGAAUACAAAGCUAGCACUGAAUACCACUUACAAAUCUGAAUUAGUGUUCACUACUCUACGUAGGUUAUAUAGAUGAGACUUUAAGACUCUACUCAGAGUUAAACUUGUCUGUUAGAAGAGUAGAACUUGAUGUUGCUCUCCGGAAACUCAGAUUCGGGUAUGGACAAACUUGAAAGUAAUGCUCUGACCUUGAAAAACAGAUGGAAGAGACUGGUUGAAUUGCUUAUUUGUUCUAGUAUGACAUUAUAUUUCAUUCUGGCUGAAGGAAGAAAAAGGAAAAAUCAGUGUAUUCUAAAUAGUUUCUCUUUUCAUCUUUGAUAUAAUUAGGGAGCAGAUUCAGAAUAUGGCAUAUACCAGCACCAUGUUGUUUUUGGCAAUAUUAGGCUCACUCCAAAUGAGUGAGUUUUAAAAGUACCACAGAGAAAUGUGCAAACAAUAGAAUCAGGUUAUUUAUACAAUGAUGUAACUUAUUCAGAGUUACAAUAAUUUUUCUCUUACAUUCUGGCUUUUAUAACUUUUUAUCAAACAUGAAAAUGUAUAAGAGAUUUAUCUUGUUAGUGCUUUCUACCCACUUAAAAACACAAUUGAUUUUUUUUCUCCAAUUGAUUUUUGGAAUUGAAGAACUAAGGGAUCUAUCUUGCAAAAUGCUCUUUGCAUUCUAUGUUCAACUCCCUGGGAUCUGAGGGUCCGCAAUGUCUUGCAAGUACUUUGGUCUCAAUCCUGCAAGGCAGCAAAUGGAACUGCAUUUCUGAGUGUUAAAUUUUUCUUUUUCUGAUACAUUUGAUAAGUAUUUUAAGUUUUUCUUUGCAUUAUGUACCAUAUUUGAUCAGUCCCGUAAAGUAGUUUUGUAGUUCUAGAGAAAAGUUAGUGGUUAUUGUUUAGUAUCAAAUUAGAUAAUUAACUUUAAAGGUUUGGUAAAACAGGUAUAGAGAGUAAAAUAUGACACUGUAAAUUAAUUCUCUUGAUUUUGCAUAUUGUGACAGUAAACUACACACAGCUUCAUUAAAAAAAGUGAACCAGAUUUUUUGUUAUAUAUUUAAUCAUACAUUAAAUUUUUUACUUUUGAUUCUGACUGUGACAAUCUGUACGUUUUGAUUAAUGAAAAAGAAAACUCAGAAUUGUCAUGGCAGCAUUGAGCACUUGCAGAUAUGACUUUUUAAACUUUUAAAAAAAUAAGUAGCAUACCUUAUGGUAGCAACUUGACCAUGUCAUUUCAAUAAGGAGUCUUUGGAUCUUUUUUUAAUUACUAAAUUAAAUAUUUCCUAAGUUAAA